UUCAUUCAUUCGUAAGCACUUAGUAGUUUUAUUGUACUUGUUCAUUCUCUUGGGAAGUAUGAAUUCAGAUCCUCUAAUUCUUGGGAGAGUGAUAGGAGAUGUAAUUGAUUAUUUUACCGCAAGCAUAAAAAUGUCUGUAAUUUACAACAACAAAGAAAUCUUUACUGGAUAUGAAGUACCCUUUCCUUCUACAGUUAAGACUAAGCCAAGGAUUCAGAUUCAAGGAGGGGACAUGAGGUCCCUCUUUACCCUGAUCAUGAUAGACCCAGAUGUUCCUGGCCCAAGUGAUCCUUACAUGAAAGAACACUUGCACUGGAUGGUGACAGACAUUCCAGGGACAACAGAUUCCACAUUUGGAAAAGAGUUGACAAGCUAUGAGAAACCAAAGCCUAAUAUAGGAAUCCAUAGAUAUGUGUUUGUCCUUUUCAAGCAAAAAAGGGGGAACAAGUACUCCAUUACAUGUCCUUUUUCGAGGGAUCACUUCAACACACGAAAUUUUGCAGAUCAAAAUGACCUUGGUGUCCCUGUUGCUGCUGCUUAUUUCAAUGCUAGAAGGGCAACGGCUCCUAGAAGACGCUAGGGGUUAGGCUACUAUAGCCAUCCAAUCAGAAGCCGAUUAUCAUGACUUUAUGGCUAUGAUUGAAAUAACAGCUUUAGCUUGCUUUAGAUUGAUUUAGCUUUCUUGUGUUUGUGGAGUUGUUAAGAACAAAGAUGUUAGAAGUUAAUGAAAUUCAGAAGCAUGGAUAUUGUUGUGAAUGCCAUGCUAGCUGAUUGAUGUUUGUUU